AUGGCGGCUAGUCAGCAGUUAAUCAAGCCUCAUCCUAUGUGUGGUAAUUCCUUGGUAACUCAUCUGAGCUUUGCAGACGAUCUCCUCGUGUUUUUUGAUGGAUCUGAAGACUCUUUGGCUGCAAUACUGGAAGUUCUUGAUCAGUUCAAGUCAAUAUCAGGAUUGGGAGUCAACCUUACAAAAACAUGUCUAUUCUUGGAUGGAAACAACCGAAUGGGCAUUACGGAUAUGGCUUCAAGACAUAACCUCCUCCAUGGCUCGUUGCCGGUUAGAUAUCUUGGUGUUCCUCUCAUUACUCAUAAACUCACUGCAACAGAUUAUCAGCCCUUGAUCGACAAGGUUAAAAGUCGGAUAAUGGGGUGGACACAUCGACAUCUCUCCUUCGUUGGCAGGCUGCAACUUCUUCAGUCAGUCAUAAACAGCACAAUCAACUUCUGGGCAUCCAUCUUUCUACUUCCGAGUAAAUGUAUUGAUGAAUUGGAGAGGCUUCUUUUCUCUCAAGCUGAUUCUCUAUGGGUAUCAUGGAUUAAAGCUCACUUGAUCAGGGGUAGAAGCUUCUGGACGGCUGAUUUCAGACUAUCUGGAAGCUGGAUUUGGAGGCGACUGAUAAAACUUCGGUUACUAGCAAGGCCUUUUGUUUACUGUGAGAUUGUCUCAGGCCAGGAUGCAUUGUCUCAGCCCACUGAUUGA